GUCCACCCAUCCACCCAACCACUGCCAAACAUCCCCCAUCCCACACCAAAUUCCCAACCACAGCCCCUCCCCUCUCACCUCUAACCACCCUGACGAACAAAAAUGACCACCAGCCCCCUCGCCUACCGCACCGCCCAAGCCAUCGGCUUCACCGGCGCCGCCUGGCUAUCCGGCACCAUCGCCUCCCAGAGCCUAAUCACCAUCCCCGCCUUGCUAGCACGCGACCCGGCCCUGGACCCGGCCCCGGACUCAACCCACCAGACAACAGCCCUGGAGAUCUGGAAACAAAUCUCCACCGCCAGCACAGCCCAAACCGCACCGGUCGCCGCGGGCACGGCCGCCGCGUUCGUUUAUCUCGCUUGGACGGUGGCGCGGGCCGUCGAGCCGCCGCAGCUGCUGCAGUUCCUCAGUAGCAGCAGUAGUAGUCGCUAUGCCAGUCCGGGGCGGUGGUAUGCGGCGGCGGCGGUGUUGACGGUGGGGGUGGUGCCGUACACGGCGGUGGUAAUGCGGAGGACGGAUUGGCAGAUUCUGCGGGUGGUGGAGGAUGGGGAAGGGGAGGCGGAGGGGGAAAAGACCAGCGGGUUGCUGAAGCGGUGGGCGGUGCUGAAUGCGGUGCGGAGUCUGUUGCCGCUUGUUGGCGGGCUGUGCGGGUUUGCGGCCGCGGUGAUUUGA